UGCAUCAAAAUGCAAAUGCGGAGUGAGCAGAUGAGACGAAAGCUUAGGAAAGACUUACGCUCGCACACUCUCAGCAAGGAUCCUGGUAUCUGUAAACUCCAUGCUGAGACGAGGUUUCUCGCUGUUAUUCGCACUAAAUUUCUCAUAAUUCUCAUCUCUAGAUCCUUCACCCCUAAGUGGAUCCCGUUGUCCGUAGCUUUUCGUCGAACUAACUUGCUUUUGCUUUGCCUGUUGCAGUUGUGAGGAAUUCUGUCUUAAGUGAGCUUUGGAAACACAUCCCAAGGAUGUCUAACUACAGCUUCUCCACACUGUCCAAUCACAGCUCGCUUCAUGGAAACCUGCACAGACCCAUGACAGUGUUCAGUGUCCUGACCUUCACCUUGUUGGCCAUGCUGGUUUUGGCCACAUUCGUGUGGAACAUGCUGGUCCUCGUGACCAUCCUAAGGGUUCGCACUUUCCAUCGUGUUCCUCACAACCUGGUGGCCUCCAUGGCCAUCUCGGACGUCAUGGUGGCUGGACUGGUGAUGCCCCUGAGCCUCGUCCGGGAGCUGUACGAACGCCGGUGGAUCCUCGGGCGAGCUCUCUGUCAAAUGUGGAUCUCCUUCGACGUGCUCUGCUGCACGGCCAGCAUCUGGAACGUUACCGCCAUCGCGCUCGAUCGCUACUGGUCCAUCACACGGCACCUCGAGUACACCCUGAAGCGACGCAAGAGGAUCUCCAACGUGAUGAUCGGACUUACAUGGAUGCUCUCCUCGAUCAUCUCCUUCUCGCCGCAGUUCGGAUGGGGAGAGACAUACUCGGAGGAAACGAUGGAGUGCCAGGUGAGCCAGGAACCAUCCUACACCGUCUUCUCCACCUUUGGUGCUUUUUAUUUGCCGCUCUGUGUCGUACUGUUCGUCUACUGGAAGAUCUACAAAGCAGCCAAAUUUCGCAUCGGAUCCAAGAAGAACAACAUUGUUACUCCAGCUCCGGAGGCUGUCGAGGCGAAAGAAGCGACUCGGCAGCGUCCUCAGACAACGUUUACGGUCCGUCACGCCACCGUAACGUUCCAGACAGACGGAGAGACAUGGCGGGAGCAGAAGGAGCGUCGUGCUGCACUGAUGGUCGGAAUCCUGAUCGGCGUUUUCGUCCUCUGCUGGAUCCCCUUCUUCCUGACCGAGCUGAUCACACCGCUCUUCUCGUGGCACGUACCACCCACCUGGAAGAGCAUCUUCCUCUGGCUCGGCUACUCCAACUCGUUCUUUAACCCGCUCAUCUACACGGCCUUUAACAAGAACUACAACAGCGCCUUCAGGAACCUCUUCAACAAGCAGCGCUGAUGAAUGAUCACAAUUUAGCAUCAUGCUAACUCGAAUCAUCACAUGUACAUAAAGGAUUACUUAUAAUAGCUCAUUUACACAACGCAGAACCACAACAUCGCCUUGAGGAAACUCUUCAGCAGCUAAUGCUAACUAAUGGAAACAAGCAAGCUAGCAAACAAGAAUUAGCAUGCACUGUAGAUGAUCUGUUUUUAUGCUAACUAAAUGUUGAAUUAUCUCACACUUGCCUCAAGCAUUUUCUCUCAGUAAAGCCUAAUAUAGAUUAACAAUUUUUAAAUAAUUACUUUCUUAUUUUCAUGUACAGGUUAAAUAAGGAAAUUACAGUGUGAGGCUAACGUGUGAUGAUUUCAGCCUUCAGCUAGCAUGAUUUCAUGCUAACAGUCUGUAUGGUCUCUCAACUUAAAUAGCAAUUUAGCUAAGAAAUCUUUGUCAUGUUUACUGCUGAUGAUAAAUCUAAUCUAGAUAGCAAGCUAGGCUAGUUAAUUAGUUGAUGGCUAAAGUGUGCACUUCCUGUGGUGUGCUGCUUUUUUAUUGAUCAAAAGUACACGGAAACAGCCUAAAGCAAUCUGGGGUCAGAGUUUUUUCUCCCGUCCUGUUUCACGAUUUGUGAUUUCUGUCCGCGACAAGAUUACUGCGAUGAAAAUCGUCCGUCAUAAACUUUAUAGCUGAGAAAAAAGGAUUCCUCCGAAAGCAUGAUCCUCUGGAGAGUUCCCACAAUGCAGCGGGAUAAAAGCGAGAGGAUUUUGGAGAACCUGAGAAUUUUUGAAGUGUUUACUGUUUUGUAUGAAUCAUUGCUAAGCUUCACAGAUGUUGCUCUGAUUGUUUACGCCUCAUAUCUUGAAGGAUACGAACCAAAACCGAGCCAAAUAAUAAAGUAAUGAAUGAAACGUAUAUGAUAUGAGCUGAAAAUAUAACUCCGAACAGCACGCAUUUGAUUUAUUAUUCUGUCUGGCUUCUGAGCGAUCUUCACGGCCUUCGCUGUGAAUAGUUAUUUUACAGACAGAUAUAUUACGCUGUUGAAAACGCUGGGAUUAAUCUGACAAGCUGAAAACCUCAAGGACAAACUAAUUGGAGUUACUUUUCCACUUUUUGUUGUCAAAAUCAUCGUGAAGUUCGGAUUUGAACAAGAUUCCUGGAAAUUCAU